GUUUAUAAAUUACCUAUUUAGUUUAUUGUUGAAGCAUACUGUUAAUUUAUUUAAAAUAAAUAGUUUUACUGAAUUUUAUGAUGAAUUUUUUAAUUGUAUUUUCGGUGUUUGUGGUCGCGGCGAAUGCUGCUCAUUUGCCAUCAGAUGUUCCAAGAUGUAAAAUGGAAGACAGCCAUUGUUUACAAAAUGCCAUUGGCGAAGGCAUCAGAAUUAUGAAAGAUGGAAAUCCAAAAAUAAAUCUUUCACCACUGGAGCCUCUGAGAAUAAACGAAUUAUCAAUUGACCAAGGGGGCAACAGUUCUGUGAGCAUCCAACUUAAAAUCUUAAAUUGCGACAUGCACGGUUUCAGCCAAAUCAAAGUUUCAGAUGUCGAAUCUUUUUCAUCUGAACGUGUAGAUUGGCGUAUCAAAGCCCUUGUUCCUAGAGUAGAACUUGAUGGAGAUUUCACCUCGAAGGGACGAAUACUUUUAUUCCCAAUCACUGGCAAAGGCAAAUGCAACCUAACACUUGUUGACUUGGAUAUUACAGCAGCCCUACGAUCUGGAGAACCGGUGACUAAAAACAACAAACAAUAUUACACAAUAGAAAAUGUUGAACUUAAAUUUCAACCCAAAAGAAUGUAUCUAACUUUCAACAACCCAGACCAAGACAGACUUCUAGAAGACCAAACCAACAGAUUUUUAAACGAAAAUUGGAAAGAUUUAUUCGAAGAGCUGAAACCGUCCUUCCAGGACUCUUUCUCAGCAUUGUUUAAAGAAAUCGCAGCAAGAGUUUUCGAUAGAGUUCCUAUUAAAGAUAUGUUCCUUAAGUAAAUUUUGGAAAUACAAAUGAUAGAAGAAAUUAGUACUUAAUAAUACUCAAAGAUAAGAUAUAAGAUUGAGGCGGAACACCUGGGCUUAGGAUUAAGAA